CGCCGUCAUCCUACAUCACAUGUACACCACGUCCGACACAUUCUGCACAUACACACUCCUGUACAUAUAUCAAUCUCUCACCGUGUAAAUAUGACGGCCACUGCAGUGUCCAUGCCGAAUUCGGUACUCACCCCCUUCCCAACCUUACCUCCAGCAUCGUCAUCAGCACCAUCACCAAAGUCAGACCUCCUGGCGCUGGUUGACCGGAUUCGCCACGCCGCAGCGAACGAGCACAAUGCAUCCCCGGACUCGCAUUCCCAACUCCUCAACCUCAUUGAUGAGUUGAAGUUGGCCGUGGAAACGCCGAACGAGACAGUCCUGCGUCUCAUCUAUCAGCCUCCCCAAAAUGCGGCCCUCCGGACGGUCAUGGACAUGGGUAUCUGCCCUCUGCUCGUGCAACACGCACACAGCGGACUAUCGGCCACCGAGCUGGCCGGGCAUACCGGUGCCGAGCGGGCUUUGAUAGUGCGACUCAUGAGAGUCAUGGUGGCCCUGGGGUUGUGCGACAACCCCUCGACCGAGGUGUACCUGCCGAAUAGCAAGACGUUGGCUUUGACGCAGCCGAUCGGCAGGGACGGUGUUCCUUGCAUUUACGACCUUACUCUCCCAACGCUCUCCAAGCUCCCCGACUACUUCCGCGACCACCAGUAUGUCAUGCCCAGGGAGUACAAGAGUUGUCCGAUGCAGUGGGCCGUCGGCCAGAGCCAGUUCGAGUGGCUUGCCCAGCGUAAGCUGAGCCAGACGCGCUUUAACUCGUACAUGGCUUCCCGUCGACAGGGUAGGCCGGCUUGGUUCGACACGUUCCCUGUCGAGCGGCUGAGCCGGACGGCUGUCGCGCGCGACGACGCCGUCUUCCUGGUCGAUGUAGGCGGGAAUCAGGGGCAUGACUUGGUGCGGUUCCGGAAACGAUUCCCCUCCGUCUCUGGGAGGGUGGUGCUGCAGGAUUUGCCUAAGGUCGUGGCGUCUGCGCCGGCGUCGUCGUUGAAGGAUGAUGGCGUUGAGAUUAUGGGGUAUAGCUUUUUUGAUCCGCAGCCGGUGAAGGGAGCACGGGUUUACUACUUCCGCGCCAUCUUCCACGACUGGCCAGAUGAUAUUUGUCGCCAGAUCCUGGCCAACACCGUCUCCGCCAUGGACGCAGAUUAUUCCCGGAUCGUGAUCGUGGACUUUGUCCUCCCCGACACGCAUGCUCCGCUUCUACAGUCCAGCCUAGACAUCCAGAUGAUGAGUAUCGGGGCUGGGGCGGAGCGGUCAGAGAGCCAGUGGAAGGAGCUGCUCGGGAGCGCGGGACUCGAGAUCCGGAGUGUCUGGAGGAACGGCCCUGGUAUGGAGAGUGUGAUGGAGGUUGCAGUGCGGUAGACUUCGUUGGGCUGCACGAUGUCGCUACCAAGGAGACUGGCCUAGCAA